CAAUGCUACUUUAGUGUGGUUGUUGCAGUCUACUGGACUAUCGGCCAUUUGUCUGUCCACUCAUAUGUGUCCGUUACGAGUCAAAUUGCUGAAACAAAGGGGCUUCUGUGCACAGGACGACGGCUCUGGCGAUUAGCCGGCUGCUUGUUGCUAACAGCUAACGGCUAGCCCUUAGCACCCUGCACCCUCUUGCUGUCGCGCUGUUUGGUUUGGUUACUGUUAACAGCAAAAUGGCGCCUUCCAUCCCGGCGCAUAGACGUGCCACUAUUUAUUUUUGACUGCAGAUAGGGCUGGUUCCUUAGUGCUCUACCGCACGCGUGCACACAGCCGCUGCCAAGAGGGACUCGCCUGGAUCAGAAGAUGCACGUCUGCUUCGUGUUUAUGUGAACCCGCAGCGCCCGGCUACAGUGUUCAGUACCGACUGCUCCGUUUUCACCGGCAGAAAAUGGCCGAUUGUUAGGACGACUCGCCAUGCUAAGCAUUUAAUAGUGGACUCUGACGGAAGCGACAUGGAAGUCGAGCCUGUGGUGCUUCAUCCCCGCUGGAAGCGUGUCCUAGGCUGGAGCGGUCCUGUGCCACGGCCCCGUCACGGACACAGGGCCGUGGCAAUCAAGGAGUUGAUGGUGGUAUUUGGUGGAGGUAACGAGGGCAUCGUGGACGAGCUGCACGUCUAUAACACAGCUACCAACCAGUGGUUCAUCCCUGCUGUGCGUGGAGACAUCCCGCCUGGCUGCGCGGCUUAUGGCUUUGUGUGUGAUGGCACCAGACUACUGGUGUUUGGAGGAAUGGUGGAAUAUGGAAAGUACAGCAACGACCUCUAUGAGCUGCAGGCCAGUCGCUGGGAGUGGAAGCGUCUAAAAGCAAAGGCUUCAAAGAACAACCCACCUCCCUGCCCUCGUCUCGGUCACAGCUUCUCUCUGAUUGGAAGUCGCUGCUUCUUAUUUGGAGGACUGGCUAAUGACAGUGAAGAUCCCAAGAACAACAUUCCCAGGUACCUGAAUGACCUUUACUCCCUGGAGCUGCGUCAGGGAUCCAGCAUGGUCAGCUGGGACAUUCCAGUGACGUCAGGGCAGCCACCGCCACCCAGAGAGAGUCACACGGCUGUGGUUGCGAGCGGGUGUCGAGGCAACCGUCUGAUUAUCUACGGGGGGAUGAGCGGCUGCCGGCUGGGUGAUCUGUGGGUGCUCGACAUUGACUCACUCAUCUGGAGCCAACCAUCACUCAGUGGGAAUGCACCCUUGCCUCGUAGCCUGCAUUCGGCCACCACUGUACAUAACAAGAUGUAUGUGUUUGGUGGUUGGGUUCCUUUGCUGAUGGAUGAUGUCAAAGUGGGAACACAUGAGAAGGAAUGGAAGUGCACCAACACACUGGCCUGCCUCAAUCUUGACACGCUUUGUUGGGAGACGGUGCAGAUGGACAGCAUAGAGGAAAACAUUCCGCGAGCUCGCGCCGGCCACUGCAGCGUGGCCAUCAACUCCAGACUCUACAUAUGGAGCGGGAGAGAUGGAUACAGGAAGGCUUGGAACAACCAGGUGUGCUGCAAAGAUCUCUGGUACUUGGAGACAGAGCGUCCCAGUGCUCCCUCCCGGGUCCAACUGGUACGAGCCAACACAUCGUCUCUCGAGGUCAGCUGGGGACCAUCGCAGACCGCUGACACCUACCUGCUGCAGAUACAGAAGUACGACAUUCCCGCCACGUCCGUGGCAACCGCGGCUGUCUCCUCACUGGCCGCAGCAGCCAACUCUCUCAAGAGCUCUUCCCCUGUUGGACCCAGUCUGACAAACCAAACCUCCCGCAUCACAUUAGUACCCUCCCCCACAGCAGCCGUACCUGCAAAGUCAUUGGCUGCUGCCAAAAGUCCAGCUGUCCUGAAAGUGGCCACUCCAGGAGCCACAAGUGGCGCCUCACUUGUCACGGUGCGGCAGGCCACGCCAAAAGUUGCCGUGACAACAAUUCCUGCCGGCGUUCGCAUGAUGGUGCCUGCCCAAGUUGGACAAGCCACACCAAUUGGCAGCAGUCCACAAAUGAGUGGAAUGGCGGCAUUGGCAGCGGCGGCUGCAGCUACCCGUAAGAUCCCGCCCGCUACUGCGACCGUGCUCAACGUCCCGGCAGGGGCCGCCAUCGUGAAGACUGUGGCGGUCAGUCCCGGAUCCGGCAGUCUUCCUUUAACAGUGGUGAGCAACCCUGCAACUCGUAUCCUAAAAACUGCCGCAGCUCAGGUGGGCGGAGCAACCGUUGUCUCAAGCCCUGGGGCAGGCAGCCGACCAAUUAUCACAGUGCACAAGUCUGGAACGGUGACGGUCUCCCCGCAGACUCGGGUGGUCACCACGGUGGUGGGGGGAGUCACCAAGACCUAUACGCUCGUUAACAGCCCACUGGGCGUGGGAGCGGGUGGCACUGUGAUCAGCAACUUGGGAAAGGUGAUGUCUGUGGUACAGGCUAAACCUGUCCAAAGUGCGACCGGUCAGACAGGGAGCAGCUCUGUCGCGCAGAUUCUCCAGGCGAAGGGUGGCCUCCCGACUGGAACUAUCUUGAAGCUGGUGAGCUCUGUGGACGGCAAACAGACCACUGUGCGAAGCAGUCCGCAGGCUGGCUCCGUUCUAACCAAACCUGGUGCCACCAUCAUAAAGACCAUCCCUGUGUCUGCACUGCAGGGGGGGGCAGGUGGGCCAAUCACAAUCCUCACCACCAAGGUGGGGACCUCUGGGGCUGCUGGGAAAUUCAUCACCACGGUCCCCAAAAUGUCAGCGGGCCAGCAGGGUGUCACACAGUUGGUUUUGAAAGGGGCUACAGGCGAGCCAGGUACCAUCCUCAGGACUAUCCCAAAAGGCGGAGUCAGACUAGUCUCACCAGGCACCACUGGCCUCAAACCUGCAGUUACCACACUUGUUGUCAAGACGACAACAGGGGUGUCUGGUCUGGGGUCAAUAAUGGGAAGUGUCUCCACCGCGGUGGCAGGAUCGGCCGCCAACACAAAUGCCUCCCUAGCCACACCCAUUACCACUCUGGCAACCAUCGCUGCGCUCACCAGCCAGGUCACCACAGUGACUGCUGCCCCUGGACCAAAGCAGGUAACUUUAAUCAUGACCCCGAGCGGAGCAGAAGCCCAGCCGCCAGUCCAGGAUCUGCCUGUCUCCUUCAUGGCCUCUCCCACCUCAGAAGAAGCAGGAAGUACGACGAGCGGUCCAGAAGGCGAGCGUGGAGAUGCUGUCACUGCUGUGACUGAGGUCUGCUCCAAUCCGCCCUGCGAGACGCACGACACGGGAACCACCAACACGACAACUGUUGCCAUUGCUGCCAUUGCCGAUAACGGCUGCACCGACUCCCCUUCUGAGACGCACGGCGCAGGAACCACCGUCACCGCCACAGUGGCGUCUGCGGGCACAAGUCAAGUGUUCCAGGUGUGCUCCAACCCGCCAUGUGAGACCCACGAUACUGGAACCACCAACACGGCCACAACAGUGGAAGCCGGAGGACUGACCCAGGUGUGCACCAAUCCACCGUGUGAGACGCACGAGAGCAGAACCACCAACACCGCCACCACGGCCACAGCUCAGCAGGGAGGCGAGAUGAUGCAAGGAGAUUCCACAGAGCCCUCCUCCUCUGACAUUGCUCCUUCUGUUUCCGUCAACCAAGGCAGAGCCAUUACCACAGUUACACAGGCCACGCCCACACCUGGUCCGGCAAUACCUGAGAUCUCCUCAUUGGUCAGAGAGGAUGCAGUCAACUCUGAGGAGGCCGUCUCCACGGCAAUGGCAGCUACAGAGGAGCCUAUGCAAAUGGAGAGCCAAUCAGAGAAUGUAAUGUCAUCAUCUGCAGCGGUAUUGUUCCAGGGUAGUGAGGCAGCUCAGAUGGCGUCCAUGGACACGCCUCCUCAGGAGCUGAUGUCAUCAGAAGGACACAGCGGCGAUAUUGACUCUGGGACGACGACACUGAUGGUGACAGCCGAUGGGCUGUCUCCAGAUGAGUCUCAGCGUCUGACCAUCCAAGCCUUCCUGCAAGCUGCAGGACACGGCGGUGAUGCCGAGUCGGAGCAGUCAAUUCCCAUCAUGCUGACUCAGCAGGAGCUUGCCGCUCUGAUCCAGCAACAGUUACAGGACUUGCCCUGCCAAGCCGAAGAUGAGGCGGAGCCUGGCCCUGUGCCCACAGAGGGGCUCGCUCCAGCAGACAGUCUCAAUGACCCAGCAGCAGAGAGCAACGGCCUUGAGGUGACAUCGUCUGCUGUGAGCAGUGCUUUGGCACGAUUGGCGAGCACCUUUGGCCCUGCCCCUCCCCUGCCUGCUAGCUCGAAGACCGAGCCUGCUGCCCCUGUCGGCAAUGUGUCCAACGGCAUCACCGCCAAUGAGUGGUUUGAUGUCGGGAUCGUCAGAGUGACCAACAUGGCUGUCUCUCACUAUUAUGUUCCUGAUGAUAACAUCACUAUUGAUCAUGACUCGGGUGUGGUGCCGGACUACAGUCUGAUGACGAAGGUGGCGCUUCAGCCGGGCACAGCAUACAAAUUCCGUGUAGCCGGGAUCAAUAUCUGUGGCUGCGGAGCCUUCUCAGAGGUGUCUGCGUUCAAAACAUGUCUACCUGGUUUCCCGGGAGCGCCGUGUGCCAUCAAGAUCAGCAAGAAUAUUGAUGGAGCUCAGCUCACCUGGGAGCCUCCGGCUGUCACGUCAGGGAAGAUCACAGAGUAUUCCGUGUACCUGGCAAUCCGUUCGAGCCAGGCCACACCCGCGUCUGCGUCCGGCCCAGCCCAACUGGCCUUCAUGAGGGUGUACUGCGGCGCCAGUCCAUCCUGCCUGGUCCAGACAUCCAGCCUAACCAACGCCCAUAUCGACCACACCACCAAGCCCGCAAUCAUCUUCCGCAUCGCCGCUCGCAACCAGAAGGGCUACGGGCCGGCCACGCAGGUCCGGUGGCUUCAAGAAACCGGCAAAGAUGCCAAAGUAGCCAGCAAGCGACCGGUGCCCUCACCUGACAUUAAACCUGUCACACCAAAGAAGUUCAGAGCCAACCAAUCAGAGGACUCCCUGCUCUGCUGAGGUCUUCUAGAAUAUUUGUACAUUGACACGUCACAACAUUGUUUUGACCUUUCUCCCCCUUCUGUGACACUCCUCGUGGAUGUGGGGAAAAAAACUCCACAAAAUGAUUGUCCUCUCUGGAAUGAUUACAUGUUGAAAGGUUAAUGUUCUGUGAUAUACAGUAAUGGAGCAUCUGCAGUUAAGAGUAACUUAUUUUCUUGCAGUAGCAACAAAAUAUUCCAAAAAUGCUCUGCUUUAUUGAGGUUUUACUUCCCUCUGCGAUGUACGCACCAUAAAUCUCUAUGUACAUUCAAUAUACCGAGACAUCUUGACUUGCGAGUGGCCCGACUAGUGUGUUUCUCAAGGUGUUAGUCAGCUGCCCCUUUCGUUCUGUCUCACUCUGACUUGUGAAAAUAACUUUGAGAUGAGUACGAGAUGUUGGCAGCAAUCUCGAUUUACUUAACAAGUAGCACAUGCCCAACAAUUCUCAAAAACAAGCUUUUUUAUUGGCAACCCCCAGUUAAGUUUACUGUCAAAGUAAAUGACAAACAAAGAAUAACGGAUGCUUUGAAAACAACCCCAUAACUUUGCCUCAGGAAAUUCUUCUGGUUGAAUGCUAAUGCACAUUGCAAAAUGCCAUAGACGUUCUAACAAAUAGCAUCAUGGCAUGUUUUUGUCUUUUAAAGGGGAAGUCAAUCCAAAAAUUGCGUUGACAGAAAUAUGUUCUUUGAGCCUCAACUAGGCUAAUCAUGGCAUUCCGAUUAAUAUUGUGUUUGUGGAAAAUGGGUUAUGCUGCAAAAUCCAACUGUUCUUAGCCAUCUCAGGGGGCGGCCAUUUUGCCACUUUCUGGCAAAUGAAAAUGACAUCGCAGUUGCUUAGGUAACUACCAUUCAUAGCUCACCUGUUUUCUGAAGCUGAGCCGUGUUGGGUCGCCCAACUGUGAUGUCAUUUUCAGUCAACAGCAAGAGGCAAAAUGGCCGCCCACUGAGAUGGGCAAAAACGGGUGGAUUUUAGUGCUUAAGUUGUAUUCCACAAAAGCUGUAUUAAUCAGAAUGCCGCGUUUAGACAAAUGGAGAUGCAUUGAACAUAUUGUGAAGAAAAUUUUGGGGUCAACUUCCUGUUUAAGCAAUAAAAUUUUGACAAGCAGUGGAGCAACACAUGUAGAAAGACAACAUAAUACUCACAGACAUAUACUCUUAUCUUCUGAGAAAAACAACUACUUGUACUGGAGCUUACCGAGUAGUUAUGACAGUCUCGUUCGUGUAUGUCUGUAUUGUACUUCUCCCUGGUGGCCAAGACCCACACACCAGAGGAAGCCACACAAUGAACUAAUCAUGAUAUACAAACUGCUUUAUUCUUUACAUUUUGUUUAAUUGUUGUUACCGUGUGAACUUUUUUAAAAUACAAUGCUAUUUUUCUUAUUAAAAAACAUGUGACAAUGUUA